AUGUUACUGAUUGGAACCAAGAAAGACACUGUCACCAGCCAACCUCGUUUGCGAGAGGUCCCCUUCAAUCACGCCAAGAGAUAUGCUGCCACGAAAAACAUGCUGGACGCCAUCGAGACCUCGGCCAAAGACAACACAAACAUUGAGGGCACCUUCAUGCGGAUGGCCCGGGCUCUGUGGAGGAAGAACGAGGGUCUCAGCUCAGUGGCAGACACAGAGAUGUCCUUCAGACUCAGUACUCAGACGAUGGAGAAGGGGAAGGGCCACGCCUGCUCCUCCUGCUCAGUCUUAUGA